GAAUUCCAGAUACACGUUCGCCACUCAAGAGAGGAAAAAACUGGUGCAUGUCAUGGUGGACUUCUGUCAGGAAGUUACUGCAAAGAAAUCAAAGAACUGUUUACACUAGCUUGGCCCACAGUGUUAUCUUACUUCUUUUACCACAUGAUUCACAUGAUCAGCUUGUUUUUUGCUGGGCGCGUUGGCAAACUAGAAUUGGCUGCUGGAACAUUAGCUUUAUCUUUUAUCAAUGUGACAGGACCUUCGCUGUUUAUUGGCUUGGGUUCAGCAGUAGAGACACUUUGUUCUCAAGCAUUUGGAGCGAGGAAUUAUCGCCUUGUUGGUGUAGUGCUGCAAAGAGGAGUUUGGAUUUUAGGAUUAACUUGUAUCUUAGCCUGGUCACUAUGGGUUAAUACUGAGUUGCUUUUGUUGCUGGUUCACCAAGAAAAACAUGUCGCAAGG